CGGAAGCACUUCUGACUUCCUCUCAUGGCGCCCGCGCAGGCGCGCUCGGCCCCCACCGCGGCGUUCCGCGUAGAGCCAGCGAUAAAAGGAACGUAGGAGGGAGGCCCGAAGAUGUCUAAGGGCCCCGUCCCCACUUCACCGUCCGCCUCGUCCGCUUCCCCGGCAGCAGUGGCGAGCGGAGCGCUCCAGGCGCAGCCCGAGAAGCCGCAGCACUACACGUAUCUAAAAGAAUUUCGAACUGAGCAGUGUCCCUUAUUUGUACAGCACAAAUGUACCCAGCAUAGGCCCUAUACCUGCUUCCAUUGGCACUUUGUGAACCAGCGGCGGCGGAGGUCAGUACGACGUAGAGAUGGGACAUUUAACUACAGCCCAGACAUCUACUGUACAAAGUAUGAUGAGACUACAGGCCUGUGCCCUGAAGGAGACGAUUGCCCCUUCCUACACAGAACAACAGGGGAUACGGAAAGAAGGUACCACUUACGCUAUUACAAAACUGGCAUCUGCAUCCAUGAGACAGACUCCAAGGGUCAUUGUACCAAGAAUGGGCAGCACUGUGCCUUCGCCCAUGGGCCCCAUGAUCUACGCUCCCCUGUGUAUGAUAUAAGGGAGUUGCAGGCGAUGGAGGCACUGCAGAAUGGACAGACACCCCUAGAUGGAAGUAUGGAAGGGCAGACUGCUGUAGCUGCAAGCCAUGCCAUGAUAGAAAAGAUUUUAGGUGAAGAGCCACGAUGGCAGGAUACCACAUAUGUUCUAGGACACUACAAGACAGAUCAGUGCAAAAAGCCUCCACGACUUUGUCGCCAGGGUUAUGCAUGUCCUUAUUACCACAAUAGCAAAGAUAGGAGGAGAAGUCCACGCCAAAAUAAGUACAGAUCUUCCCCGUGUCCAAAUGUGAAGCAUGCUGAUGAGUGGGGUGACCCUAGUAAGUGUGAAAGUGGAGAUUCAUGCCAAUACUGUCACACAAGAACAGAGCAGCAAUUCCACCCCGAGAUUUACAAAUCUACAAAGUGCAACGAUAUGCAACAGUCUGGCAGCUGUCCACGUGGGCCAUUUUGUGCCUUUGCACAUGUUGAACAGUCUCUUCUAUGUGAUGACUUACAAUCUCCUUCAGCUGUGUCAAGCCCUACACAAACUGGACCUAUUAUGUAUAUGCCUUCGGCUGCUGGAGACUCUGUUCCUGUGAGCCCAUCCAGCCCUCAUGCACCAGACUUCAGCAGCGUAUGGGGUAAGAUGAGCCACCUUCCUACCAGUCCAACACCAGCAUCAAUACUAUGUGCCAGCAUAGGAAGCCCAACUCAUGGUUGCGGAUCUCCCUCGGGAUCCCUUGGGAAGCCACAGAACCUGGAUAGCCUUGGAUUUCACGGUGACCUCUCAGGCAGCUACAAGAAAGCCCCAGGGUGCGAGAGGGAAGACUCCACAGGGACUGAUUAUCUAAAGAGCUUUAAAAGCCAGGCAAAGUUAAAACCGCACCCGAUGGAGCACAGGGGUCAAGAUCAAUCCCUUCUACAGUCAAAGCAGGAUGCAUUAGGAAUAAUGCCAAUGGGGAGUCCACUGACCUCAAGCAUUUCCUCUAGUAUUACUUCUAGUCUAGCUGCAACACCCCCCAGCCCUGCAGCCAUAAGUGGUACUCCUGGUAUGAAUGCCAAUGCUCUGCCCUUCUACCCAACCAGUGACACAGUAGAAUCUGUCAUAGAAUCUGCCCUGGAUGACCUUGAUUUAAAUGAUUUUGGUGUUGCCGCUUUAGAGAAGUCAUUCGAUAAUACCACAGUUGCCACAUCUGGUGGUAUAAUGAUAGGUGGCAGCCUAAUGCAGAGUUCUGCUCCUGUAAACAUCCCUGGAUCUUUAGGCAGCUCAGCGUCCUUCCAUUCCACAUCUCCAUCUCCACCUGUAAGCAUCUCCUCACACUUUAUGCACCAGACCCCUGGAGCACAUAGCCAAUCAGAAAGCACCUUUCUCAGUACAUCAACCACCCCUGGGUCACUAGGCUUAAAUGGCAUGAAUAACAGUAUAUGGGAACAUUUUGUGUCAGGCAGCUAUUCUCCUGGGACGUCACCUGCGUUCCCCUCUGGAGCAGGUGGGGCCGAGCUUGUUAGAUUACGCCAGGAGCUGGAAGAGGCUAGUAACACUAUCAAACAAUGGGAGGACUCAUGGAAACAAGCAAAACAGGCCUGUGAUGCCUGGAAGAAAGAGGCAGAGGAAGCUAAUGAGCGGGCGACAGCAGCUAGCAUGGAAUGUGAACUUGCGCGGGAGCAGAGAGAUGCCCUGGAACAACAAGUGAAGAAACUGCAGGAAGAGCUGGAUAGAAUUCCUGGAACACUAGAUUCUAAAUUACUUAGCUCUGUUUCUGAACUAGAAACUCUCCCUUUAGCUACGUUAUAUAGCAUUCAGAAGCAGCUACAUGCCAGCUUGGAAAGAGUUGAAAAGGCAGUUUAUCAGCUCCAAUCCGUAAAAUGUCACAAGUGUCAGGACCAGAAUAGAGCAAUGCUACAGUGCCAACAUGGCGUGAUUUGCGAAGUAUGUGCUGCGGAAGAUGGAGACUGCCCUAAUUGUCAGCUUAAUAUAACAACCGUUCUGCAGCCAUGACCUCUGCAAGCCUGACUCCCAGGCUCCUCAAAACUCCUUUUUUAUAUAAACUGCUAUAAAUCAAUAUAUAUUCAUACAAUGGAAUCCUAGUGAAGUUGAGCACUUUUAAACAAAGAAAAAAAAAUGUCAUUCCUUUUGGAACUUACCACAAAGCCUCAGAGUUUUUCUUCCUCUGAGAGACUCGGUAUUCUAUCAUUUCUAGAACCUCCUAUUAAGGAUUACUUCCCAGAUGACAUAUCUUGGCAUAGUGAAAUGCAAGAUUUCCUCUGUGAUAUAUUUUAUUGGGACCAAAUAAUGUCUGUUUUCCCACCUACAAGCCGCAUCUUGAUAAACUCUCCAAAAAAAUGUCCAAGGUGAGUCUGAAGCUGGUCAUCAUUGUGAUGUGCUGAAUAAAGAACACAACACUUCCCGAAGACUUUUGCUGAGAGACGAUUCCUUGUAAACAAUGGUGGCUGUAGAUAGCACUUACCUGGGACCAGCCUUGAGUAAAGCAGUCAGGGUUCUGCUUAAGCUCCCCCUCUUUAGAAUGCCUGAAGAAUUCUCUGUGUGUCAUAUGAUAUCAGGAAUAGAAGCAUUCUAACAUAGGGUUAGAGAUCAAGUUCUCUUGUCUCACUUAGAUAAUGUUAUUCUGUAAAAUCAAUUAGAUUAUUCAUUCAUGCAAGUAAUCAUUUCAGUAUUGAGUGUCCGCAAAAGGAUUUUUCUUUUGUAUUAACAGCCUAAUUUCUUGCAAUCAGAAAUACAAAAGUAUCCGUCUUUAAUAAUAGAACAAUUACGUCUCUCUUCAGUGUUGACAUUUAAAAAAAUAUAGUCAUGGUUUUGGGCAAGGCUUAAAAUGAGGCCUAAAGUUCUCCAAUAUGGAAAAAACGCCUACAGUUUAAGUAUUGCAGCCUGCAUGGCUAUAAAUUAACAAAGGAUACUGACAAAGGAUGCUUCUCUUUAGUUCCUUAUAUCACAAGCUCUUUACAUGUUAUAGAAACCAACCAGUUCUUUUAAACCUUGUCGUCCUGCAGGUGUUUGAACUGUCUGUUUUAGAAGAUGUUAUUUAUGUCCAAAUAAUGUUUAGAUCCAUCUCAAUAUCAUUUAAGAGCUAUUAAUCUUUCAGUUGGAUUUGUUGUUAGAUAAUAGAGUACUGCACGCAUAGGUAAUGAUGGCGUGUGUGCAACUGCGGUGCUAAUAUGUGAAAACAGAAAAGUACAAGUAUCCUCCCUUGUGUUCAGUUUCCAGCUAUUUUUCAGAUGUGUGUUCAAAGACAAGCACAAGUGUUUGCAUUUGGCCAAACCUUCACCUUUCCACCAGUUUUAUACGUUAGCCCCAAUAUGCAAACUGUGGUAUGAAGAAGGUGGAAGGCUAUAUGGUGGUACACUUGUAAGCACUUGACAAGUUACAACCAUUCUUUAUUCAAAUGAAGUUGGAAAGGGGUUUAUUACAAACAAAUUGCAUUUCAUUUCCCCAAAAGUUUAACAGUAUGAUAUCACGUUCGUUACCUUUACUAGUUUGGGAAAACUGGCUUGGUGCAUUUAUGGCAUUAUCCUAAAAUCAAUUUAGAGUAAAAAUUG